CCAUCAGCAGCGUAUUGAUUAAAUAAUAAGUUGUGGUUAAUGUUUCAGUGAAUAAAGUGUAGUAUAAAGACGCUGAAAACUAAAUGAAGAUUUUGUUCCAUGUAUUAGCUUGAGUAUUUACUCUGUAUUUCCCUUCUUUUCAUCUCAAAUCAGUAACUGAAGAUCCCUAAUAAAGAUGGGAGACUGGGGAUUCCUGUCAACGUUGCUGGACAAGGUCCAGUCCCACUCCACAGUUAUUGGGAAGAUCUGGAUGAGCGUCCUCUUCCUCUUCAGGAUCAUGGUUUUGGGUGCGGGUGCUGAGAGCGUCUGGGGCGAUGAGCAGUCAGGUUUCAUCUGCAACACUCAGCAACCUGGUUGUGAGAAUGUCUGCUACGACUGGACCUUCCCCAUCUCGCAUAUUCGCUUCUGGGUCCUCCAGAUCAUCUUUGUCUCCACGCCAACGUUGGUCUACUUGGGCCACGCCAUGCACGUCAUCCACACAGAGAAAAAGAUGAGGGAGCAUCAGUUGAGCAGUGGUGGGACACGGUCGCUCAAAGUGCCCAAAUACACAGACGAGAAGGGGAAAGUGAAGAUCAAGGGGAACCUGCUGGGAAGCUACCUGACUCAGCUCAUGGCCAAGAUCCUUAUUGAGGCUGCCUUCAUAGUGGGCCAGUACUACCUUUAUGGCUUCAUCAUGGUCCCCAUGUUCCCCUGCUCAAAGAAGCCCUGUCCCUUCACUGUGGAGUGCUACAUGUCUCGACCUACUGAGAAGACCAUCUUUAUUAUCUUCAUGCUGGUAGUAGCCUGCAUCUCUCUGCUUCUCAAUGUCAUUGAGGUGUUCUAUCUGAUUUGUACCAGGGUCAGAUGUAGACCCAAGCAGCCCAGCCGCAAGUUUACCUCACCAGAAAACCCUGCCAACCUGUCAGGUUCCAGGUGGCCGACUACAGAGGAUGCACUCAAGCAGAACGAGAUAAACAUAGAUCUAGAGAGCAGCCAGAGUAUCAGAGGACACCUGGAUGGAGCCAAAGAGGAGAAAAAGCUACUAAGUGGUCAUUAAAAACUACGGAUGUGGCAAUUAAAAUAUUUUUAAAUGCCCUAGCUUCAGAUUUUCCCCAUGAUUGCUUGUUCAGACACAUCUAAGAAACUGAAGUGAAGUUUUCUGUCAGUGUGGACAGGAUAUCAGGGAAACUCUUUAUCAUUGUCUAGUAAUAUGACAGUCCUGAGAAAAGUCUGCAUAAACUGGCAACUGUUUUAGAGUGACAUUGUUGGAAUUUUACAUUCAUUUUGUAUUUUAAAAUGAAAUAUAACAAUGAAAAGUGGUAAACACUGAUGAUAUAUUUAUGUUCUUAGGAUGAAAGCGAGUGAGCAGAAUUGUGUCUGUGUCCAGUUAUUGAAUGUGUUUAAGUUAUUGCCAAGUUUAUUGUCCAGGACUUGAACAUAUUUGCUUACUGAAA